AUGGCACGCGCAAGCUUAGGCGCGAGCAUCGAGGAGCGAUCGUUGGAACUCGAGCUUUUGCUCGUUUCGCUCGGAGCGCCGCCGUCGUUCGCGCUACGGCAUCGCGGCGAGCUACAUUCGCGAAGUUUAGCGCGCGAGGGUAACGGGCUCAGCGCCUCAGAGAGCAUCGCGUCAGUGUCGCAUGAACGGCCGUCGAGCGAACGACCGUCCGGCGGACGACCGUCAGGCGAACGGCCGUUAACCGCUCUGGCAUCCGUGGUUGCGCUCAUCGGCGCGGGCAGGUAUGCCGCCGCGCUGGAGCGCGCAUCCUCCGCGCUCACGGUCCUCCCCUCCGCGGAUCAGCUGGCGGAAGCCGUCCCCGUGGACGCGCGGAGCCAGCUGGGGGAAGCCGCCGCGGGCGCAGCGGCGGCGGAAGCGUUUUUCCGCUCAGUGCGGGAAAGAAUUGUCGCGCUGCUGGCGGAUCUGGGGGAGAAAACUCCCUCGGGAAGCGGGAAGGCGGACGACAAGGGGGUUGGCGGGUGGAGCGGGGGAGAAAAGGCGCUAUUGGUGCUGAUGAUGGGGGCGGCGAGUCUCUGUCUCUUCGUGCAGGCUAACGUUAGCGGCCCACCGCGUACCAACAACGACACAUCAGCAGCCAUACAGGACACAUCAGCAACCCCAACUGACACGUCAGCACCUGCCAGCCAACCCUCGUUCCUCGCCAGCGAGGCGGCACGCGUGGCGCUGAGCAAGUGGUGCCAGGUGGAGCUCAUGACAGAUGGUGCUGACGAGCGGUCCCCCUCCCUCCGUGCCCUGCUGCUCCUGUGUAAUGUUCACCUGCGAGAGACUUUGGGGGGGAAAGAUGCUAUGAAACAAGCUUUCUUUAACAAGGAGGGGGGAGAGGGAAGGGAGGAGAAGGAGGAGGGAAGGGAGGAGGGAAGGGAGGAGGGAAGGGAGGAGGGAAGGGAGGAGGGGGGAAUGGAGGGAGGAGUGGAGGGGGAGGAGGAAGUGUGUGUGCGGGUGGCUGCGAUGGUGCAUUUGGAGGUUGGGAUGACGGAGAUGGCCUAUGCACACGUGGACACUGCCAGGAAGUGUUUUGAGAGAGCUUUGCAGGAGUGCGGAGUGGUGCUGAGUGUGACAGGAGCCAUGGGUUACCGCACCAUACAUCAGGUUGAUCCCAAGGCCCAGCUCGUGCUUGCAGUAACGAGAAGCGAAGCCGUCAAGGAAGGAGGAGAUGCGACGGUGCUUAGCGACAUGGACUGGCAGGGAAGUGAGGAAGCAGUGAAGGAAGGGAAGGGGAAGGAGGGGGAAGGGGAGGGAGAGGAGGAGGAAGAAGAAGGGGAGAGCAUGGAGGAGCUGGAGUGUUUGUUUGAGCCGGAAAGUGAUGUGCUGCUGGCUCCUCGCCUGGUGGAAGAGGGGGCUUCUGGGGGUGAGGCGGUAGGGAGUGGGGAUGAAGGGGGUGAGGCUGUAGCGAAUGGGGUUGAUGAGGGGGAGAAGCAGAGCGCCCGCGAUGGUGGGGGAAGCAGUGGUGACACGAGUGGGAGAGGAGGGGGCGGUGUGCUGAGGGGUAUUGAGCAGGCAGCGGUGCUGGCGAUGGGUGUUGACACAAUGAAGCAGAAUGCGGCAGAUGAGCUGAGAGGUUGGGAGGCAGCACCUUAUAUCGAAGCCAUCACUCUCCAGCAGCACAUCCCGCCCAUGGUGAAGGUGGGGUGUGAGCUGCUGAGGGUGCGGUGGGAACGCAAGCGACCGCACACGCGGCAGAGGGCUGUUGCGACGAUGGAGAGACUGAUCCAUUCCAUCUCACAUCAAGAGAAGAGAAGCCGGCAGCAGCAGUCGCAGUCAUCCUCUUUAAAAGCAGCCUCGGGACCAUCAGGAGAAGCUGUGGCGGAGGAAGCAAGAGAAGCAGCAGUGAGGAUGAAAUACUGCUUUGCUGUUUGGUUCCCCACCAUGCCUGCUCUCUUCAAGGAGUAUGGAGAGGUGCUGGUGGGUAAUGGGUGUGUGGGCGAGGCCAUGCGUGUGUUUGAGACGAAUGAGCUGUGGGACCAUCUGAUCGACUGCUACAGCCUCCUGGGCAAGCGGGCAGCAGCAGCAGCGCUGGUGACGGCAAGGUUGAAGGAGCAGCAGGAGGAUCCGCGCCUGUGGUGCUGCCUGGGGGAUUUGACGGAGGAGAAAGAGUGCUAUGAGAAGGCCUGGGAGUUCUCCCGGCACAGAUACGCGCGCGCACAGCGAGCACUAGCGCGCAUGGCGAUGAACAGCAAGGAUUUCAAAGCAGCCAUGGCUCACUGGGAGGCUGCUCUGACCAUCAGCCCACUGCAUGCGUCUGCCUGGUUUUCCCUCGGUUACUCUGCCAUCCAGGCGUGUGACGGGGACAAGGCGCUGUAUGCUCUCACGCGCUCAGUGCAGAUUGACCCAGACAACGGGGAGGCGUGGAACAACCUGGCUGUGCUCAACUUACAGCGCAACCGAAUGCAAGAGGCGUUCAAGACUCUACAGGAGGCACUCAAGCACAAGGGAGAGGACUGGCACCUGUGGGAGAACUUUGCAAAAGUGGCUCUGGAUGUGAAGAGCUACCAGCAGGUGCGGUGCGGUGCCAAAAGUUUACAGCCGUUGGAUUUGGGCAAGAUGGCAGGGGGAGAUGAGAUGGUGGGAGGGGAGGGUGGAGGAGAGGAGAAUGUUGUGCCAGAAACGAAUGGUGCUUAUAAAGAAGAUGGUGGGACGCAAACAGGGAGUGGUGGCCCCAUGAACGAUCGGGAAGCUGCCAGGCUUGAAACAGAGUUGAGGAAGCUCCUAGGAAAGGCAGUGGCAUCAGGAGCAGGCGUGCCGGAGAUUUACCGCCUGCAAGGAACCUUCCUGGAAGCCGUGGGUGAUGCUGACGUGGCAGCGGAGGCCUUCCUGCGCCACGUGCGCGCGCUGCAGUCCGCCAGCUGGCAGCACGGCGAGCCAGACGCGUUCCGCCAGCUGGCGCGGGCGGCGCUGAGGUGGACGGAGGCGGUGGUGCGAGGGGUGGUGGGGGAAGAGGGGGUGGAGGAAUUGAAGAGGGGAGGAGUGGAGGAGAGAGAAGGGGAGGGUGUGAGAGUGAGUGGUGCUGGCAAGAGGAGGUUGGCAUCGGUUCGCAUGCUUCUAAGCAACAUUCUGAAGCAGGGGGACCAUUUUUCUGACACUGGGGAGUUUGGAGAGAUGAAAGCAGCUUUGGGGGUGGUUAGCACCAUGGAGGCUAGAGAGGCAUAG